CUCGCGCCUGCACUUAUAUUGGAUAAUACUCCGCCAAAAGCUUUUACCGUCAAGUUCUACGUUCUGAAAGCUCCUCUCUCCUUCGGCGGGUAGCCAUGGACUCCGCACAAGUUUCAAAGCUAGAGAUGUUCUUCUUCCCCUUCGUAGGAGGCGGCCACAUGCUCCCCAUGGUCGACGCUGCCAGACUAUUCGCUUCUCACGGCGUCAAAUCCACCAUCAUCGCACCUCCCACCGCCGCCAUCAGCCUCCACAGCGCCGUCCAACGCGACCAACAGUCCGGCCACCACAUCACCCUCCGCACUCUCACUUUACCGCCGGAUCAAACUCUCGACGCCGCCGACAUGUCCGCCCCGCCCUCCACCGACACCUCCGUCCUCCAAGAACCCCUUCACCGCCUCCUCACGGAGCUCCGACCCGACUGCUUCGUCUUCGAUAUGUUCCAUUCCUGGUCGGCUGACGUCGUCGACGGACUCGGAAUUCCGAGAAUCGUCUUCACCGGGAACGGUUGUUUCUCCCGCUGUGCCGAAAAUAGUCUCAGACGCCAUGCCCCCCACGAGAAGGUGGAUUCUGAUUUUGAGCCCUUUCUCUUACCGGGACUGCCCAACCGGAUCGAAUUGACGAGAUCUCAGCUCCCAAUCUUUGUUAGAACAGGGCCCGGGGGUGGGGAUCGGAUGAGGAGAUCGAUGCAGAACAAUUUUGGGGUUCUGGUGAACAGUUUCUAUGAGUUGGAGCCGGCCUAUGCCGACUAUUUCAAGAAGGAGAUUACGAAUCGGGCAUGGCUCAUAGGACCAGUGUCCCUCUGUAACAGAAAUGUCGAAGAUAAGGUCGAGAGGGGCAAAGACCAGAUCUCAAUUGAUGCGCAAAAUUGCUUGGAUUGGCUCGAUUCGAAGAAUCCAAAUUCGGUUCUAUACGUUAGCUUCGGUAGCUUAGCUCGAAUACCCCCGACACAGCUCGUCGAGAUUGCUUAUGGCCUGGAAGCUUCCGGCCACCCGUUCAUUUGGGUGAUUGGGAAAGUGUCCGGCGACGAUGACGGUGAAGCAGAGAACUGGGUUCCGAAGGGAUUUCAGCAGAGAAUUUCGGAAUCGAAGAAAGGGUUGAUAAUUAGGGGAUGGGCUCCGCAGCUUUUGAUUUUGGAACACGCGGCCACCGGAGGGUUCGUGACGCACUGUGGAUGGAACUCCACAUUGGAGGCCGUGACUGCGGGGGUGCCCGUGGUCACGUGGCCGCUCUCGGCGGAGCAGUUCUACAACGAGAAGUUGCUAACUGAUGUGUUGAAAAUUGGAGUUCGGGUGGGGAGUGUGGAAUGGGUGUCGUGGAAGACGGAGCGGAAGGAAACGGUGGGGAGGGAAAAGGUGGCGAAGGCGGUGGAGCAGUUGAUGGGAGGCGGAGAACAGACGGCGGUGAUGAGCAGGCGAGCAAGAGAGCUUGCGGAGAAGGCGAAGAAAGCAGUUGAGGAAGGCGGGUCGUCCUACGCCGACGCCGAGGCUUUGAUAGAUGAGCUUAAAUCUCACCGGGAAAGAGAUACACUUAUAAAAUCAGUGGUACCUGUAGAUGAUGAGAGUUUACUCUGUGAGCCAGCGGGGACCGUUGAUGGUGAAAGUUCUUUGUGAGUCAGCGGGGAUCGUGAAAGGUAAUGGAGAUGUGUUUCAGGGGUCGGAUUGACUGAACGUCCAACUGAUGUACAGAAGUCGUGUCUGUAUUCCGAACUUUACCCUGAUUAGCAAGACUUGGGGGGCGGAAGAUGCUGAUCCGUAAGUUUGGUACCG